AGGUAAAUAAUAAUCUUCAGUCACAAAUAGAUACCAUUUCCAAUGAGGUAAAUUCGUUGAAAAGCUCGAUUAGUCUUUGCAAAAUUGUCAUAAAAAACAUUUCUGAGUCGGAUAAUGAAAAUUGUGUUGCUAAAGUCAACGAGUUAGUUAAAGCUGGUCUGAAACUGGACGAUAUUAAGACUGUUACAGCGAAGAGAAUUCCGAAACGUCAGGGAUCUAAAUACCCAGGGAUAAUUGUGGCAGAGGUCAGUGAAGCUGAUAGACUGGAGAUUUUUAAACGGAAGUCAUCCUUGAAACAAUCUCCAACUUAUUCCAAUAUUUAUAUAAAUGAUUUUAUAUCAAAUGAGUCACAAAAAAUGAAUACAAAUCUCCAAACUGUUUUACGAGCUGUGGGUAAGCAGAAUGAUUUUAAUUUAGUCAAUGGACGAAUUUUACCAAAAACCGUUAGGCAAUCAGAUGGAACAAGACCAUAGGAACUCGGCCGAUGUCGGCAAUGUGAUAUCACUAUUGGAACAUGGAAUUGUAACGGCUGGUCUAGUUAUAAUAAUGACAAUUCUGUUUUCAGAAAUAACGUUUUACAGUCCACUGAUUUAGAUGUAAUAUGUAUACAAGAAACAUUUUUACGGGAAAAUCAGACUCUAAACAUGGAUUCUAUUUGCAAUUCUAAAUAUUUGUUUAUUAACCAUCACCGUUCGAACAUUCAUGUUAACGCAAGGCGCGGCUCAGGUGGAGUUGGAAUUUUAUUGAAACGUACACUCCUCGAGGAUUAUGUUUAUACAAUACUUGAUAAAUCAAACGAAGAUAUACUAUGGAUACAGCUUUCACCCCGUGUAAACAACAAUAGUGAUUCGCUGUGUAUCUGCUCGUGUUAUUUACCACCACGUGACACGUCCAGGGCAAGUGAUGCCGAAAUCUUUUACAAUAAGCUUAUUAGUGACGUUUAUCAAUAUCAAAAC